CGAAAGAACCAGAAUAAUUUGAGGUGGGACAUCAAACCAUUACCUAUAAAGAUGCCAUGUUCCCUCCCUCCGCUCACAAUUAAUCCUACUGUCCAAUGCGCACAAGGACACGCUCCAUCACCAAGCAUAUAUUCUCGACACCCUCCUCCACUGAACCAACCUCCCCCGUUUAUAAAUGUAAACCCAUCAUCCCAAAAGCUCUAACACUGUCCACCAACUCCCCUCUCUCUAUUAAUUUCUAGCUAUAUAUCUUUCUCUAGUCUCUUAGCUGAACUUCCAAAACUAUUUCUUCUUCUUCUUCUUUCUGUCUCUCUAUCUGCCACUAUGAACUGAUUCUAGCCUUAUAAAACACUAGCUCCAAAACUCUCUAUACACUUAUCGCUCUGACUAACUAAAAGAAGUUACCAUGAAGUACGGGGAGAUCACCCACUUCGGCCACCCCCAGCACAAGCUCCGGUUCGAGUACGCGGAGAUACCCUUCAAAUGCGACGGCUGCAAGGAGGCCGGCAUCGGGUCCCGCUUCAAGUGCAGCCUCUGCGACUACGACCUCCACAAGCAGUGCGCCCUCGCCGCCCCGUCCUCCAUCCUCCGCCACCCCUUCUACCCGAAAUGCGCCUUCUACCUCCUCCCCCGCCCUCCUGGCAACGGCCCCCGCUACUGCAACGCUUGCGAGCGCGACGUCUCCGGCCUCGUCUACCACUGCCAUUCCUGCGGCUUCGACCUCCACCCCUGCUGCGCCAAUCUCCCCCACGUCCUCGACGCCGACAGCGGUGGAGGAGGGGAGCUCCGGCUCUUCCUCCACCGCAAGGUGUCGGCGCCGUGCCACCGGUGCGGCCGGAAGGGGCGGAGCUGGAGCUACCGGAGUGCGUGCAAGCAGUACAACCUCCACGUUGCAUGCGUGAUGGAGAUGCUGGUGGAAAGCUGGCACGAGAUCUACUACGGCGUUGGCGGAGGCAGAGAUGGAAAGCGGGGAUUGGUGGGGAUAAAUGGGAUGAAUAGGAUUCCGAGCAUAAAGGGGGUGGGGAAGAGCCACCACCGGUCCCGGAAGGGGAAGGUGAAGCGGUGCUGCGAGCUGGCGGCGAUGGCGGUGCAGUUCAUCAUCUCCGCCGUGCUUGGAGAUCCGACGGCUAUCAUUGCCGGGGUGGUAGGGUCGUUUAUAUCCAGGUGAAGUCUUGAGGAUGGCUUGAUGGAUGUACAACUGGACUUUGUAUGUCGUGCUGGAAUUGGACCCAAAAAGAAAUGUUUGUUUCAGUGCACGGAUGUUGGAGUUCUGAACACUUUGUACAGGCUUUGUAGUCCUGAUCAACGGUUCAGGUAAACUAUGCUUUUCGUAUAACGGAGCCACGGUGCUAUCUUGGACUUUGGGGUUGGUUGUGCAGCAUGUGGACUUUGUGAUUCACGAUUUUGAUUCUGUUUGUUGGUUUAUGCCUUUAUGGGUUCUUGGGAUGUCGAUGGGCCAACUGGUCCGAAUUCGGACCAACACCGAGUGAAGCCUGCUCAAACACUGUAUAUGUUUAUCGGCCACCGGGGGCCAUCCACAUCCCUUGGUUGGGUCACCCAGGUCGUAGGAGAUCCAACGGUGGAUUGCGAAGGAAGAUGAAUCCUUCCACGCGAAAGAU